CAAAGCGCGAGAAAAACAAUUGAGUUGCUUUGCUAUCAGCAUCGGUGCAUUAAAAGAAAUAUUUAAAUUCAAAUAUUUGUAAAGCGGAAACGUAAUAUGGCCAAGUGGCUUCUUGGCCUUUGGCUGGCGAUCCUGCUAGUGGAUCGACCCGGGGCUAAAGCUUAUCGAUCAGGCAAUGGCUACCGGAGCGAGCAGUCGGAACAAGUCGGCUUAUCAGCGGCAGGGAACGCGCACUCGAGUUACGGAGGCGACCAACAGCAGCCUAUUUACCAGCGGGAUUCGGCGUGCCCGCCGCAUUUUACGGGUCUGGUUGCAUAUCCCCACGACUGUCAUCGCUAUGUGAACUGCUUCAAUGGAAGCCCCACCAUUCAGACGUGUUCGCCCGGAACUCUGUUCAAUGGCAGGACCCUGGUGUGCGAUCAUCCUAGCAAUGUGGUUUGCCCUUCAGCGGCUUCCCCGUCUACUCGACUGGGCAGACUGAGGCAGUUAGAUGGUGAGCCCAAGUGUCCACCCGGCGUGAAUGGUUUGCAACCACAUCCAACGGAUUGCACCAAGUUCCUUAACUGCGCCAAUGGUCAGGCUUUUAUUAUGGACUGCGCACCAGGAACUGCCUUUAGUCCAGCAUCGCUGGUAUGUGUGCACAAGGAUUUGGCCAAAUGCGCCACUGGAAGUGGAACAGGAACUGGAGCAGGAGGAGCUGAAACCUUUGGCCCCGGCUACUCUGCGGUGCCUUUGGCGGACUUGGUCUGUCCACCAGGUACACGUGGUCUUCGUCCACAUCCUCACGACGUGCACAAGUAUUUGAGGUGCGGGAUUGGUGUUAAUCCUCAGGUGGAACAGUGUCCCCCGGGACACAUCUUCGAUGGCUUCUCUUCGGUAUGUGUGUAUUCUGACUCCCCUCGGACCUCCUCUUCCGCCUUCUCGUCUGCUGAGAUUCAGGUUAAUUAUCUCAUGUGUCCAGUGGGAGCCGUUGGCCAGUUUGUUCACCCCUUUGACCGAACAAAGUUCCUUAGUUGUAAGGAUGGUAAGGUGGCUGUGCAGAACUGCCUUCCCAACUAUGUGUUCAGCAUUUCGAAGCGCUACUGUCAGUCAAAACAUCAAUUAGCCUUCACCGACUAUGUCACAUUAAUUAUCUCCGAAAUCAGCUACGAGUAUUCCCUAAUCCUUAAUGCCUGUCCUGAUAAAAUCAACGGCAUCUACUUGUAUCCCUACGAUGCUGAGAAGUACGUUCAGUGCUCGUCCGAUGGUAGGAUGUCUAUCCUAAGUUGUGGCCCCCAGAUGGCGUUCAGUGUAUCCCAAAGAAGUUGUCUUCCACGUCUUCAAGUGCUCAGCUCUGAUCGGGUGCAGUUCUGGGAGGAAGUCCAAGCUCAGACCACUUAUACUUCCCAAGAGAGUAGGGGAAGUGUUCAAAGCGAGCUGUCUUCACUCAGGUCGUGCCCACCCAAUGUUCAGAAGAACUACCCUUAUCCAUUCCAUGCUGGUCACUACGUCAAGUGCCAAUAUGGAGCUUUAGAGAUCAUAUGCUGUCCCACUGGACAGCUUUUCAGCCUUGCACAGCGGCAAUGUGUAGCUCGUCAACUUCUCGCUGCCCAUGAUUAUUUGGAUUACUCCUAUAUCAGUGCUGAGCUUUCCACUGAAUUUAUGGUGGAUCGUUCGACGCUUACUUGUCCUCCACAAGCCCAGGGACUCUACCUGCAUCCCUUUGACUGCACCAAGUAUGUCAGGUGCUGGAAUCAGCAGACCUUCAUUGAGAGUUGUACCCCGGGCGAGAUUUUUAGUUUCUCCAAUCAGAAAUGCGUGCCAAAGGAACAGUGUAAAGGACCCACCGAUCACGUCGAAUAUUUAAUUGAAUCUACGACUGUUACCACUUACGAGACAGAUGGCCCGGAGUCCGAAAAGAGUUUCGGUAAAACCGGUGACAUUUCCUGUCCACCUGAAGCCUCUGGACUUCACGCCCACCCAUUCGAUUGCACGAAGUUCUUGGAAUGUGCAAAUGGACAAACCUUUGUAAUGGAUUGUGGUCCGGGCACAGCUUUCAGUACCGAGAAAAACAGUUGCGAUUAUGCCCAUCAGGUGGACUGCAGUGGUAGACGUUCAUUGCCUGGACAAAACCAAUUUAGCCAGCACGAUACAAGUAAUAGUUACCCAUCGAAACCAUUGGAUACUUUCCCACCACCAGAGUCAUCGCACCCUUCAUACCCACUUCCUGAGUACCUGGAAGAUCUAUUGUGUCCCUCCGGAGUGAGCGGUCAAUUUGUUCACCCCUUCGACCAAACAAGGUUCCUCCUCUGCCAGGCUGGUAAACUGGCGGUUCAAGGCUGUCAGUCUGGAUAUGUGUUUAGCAUAUCUAAGAGUACUUGCCAUCCUAAGACCCAGUUGGUUUACAGCGACUAUGUUACUUAUAAGGUAUCUGUUAUCAGCAUCGACCAGACUAUGAUCCUGUCUGCCUGUCCGGGUGGCACCGAUGGCCUACAUCCUUAUCCCUACGACGCUGGCAAAUAUGUACGUUGCGCUGAGGGCGGCAAGAUGUCCAUUCAAAGUUGUGAGAGCCAAAUGGCCUUCAGCUUUUCCCAAAAAGCGUGCCGGCCAAGUCGUCUGGUGUCAAGAGAAGAUCGUGUAAGGUUCUGGGAGGAAAUGCAGAUCCAGACGACUGAUAGCAGUCAGGAUAUUCAGGUUCAUCAGUCCCCACUUAAGGAGUGCCCAUCCGUGCUUAGUGGAAACUACCCCUAUCCCUUCCAUGCCGGUCACUUUGUGAACUGCCAAAAUGGGCAUUUACAGAUUGUGAGUUGUCCGCCAACAGCUCUAUACAGUUUAUCCCAACGCCAGUGUGUAGGCCGACAUCUACUUUCGCCCCAUGACUACCUGGACUAUGCCUACAUUAGUGUGCAAUUUUCGACUGUCCUUAUUCAGGACCUCACAACGUUGUCCUGUCCGCCGCAAGCCCAGGGCUAUUACUUACAUCCUUUCGAUUGCACCAAAUAUAUAGUGUGCUACAGUGGGCAAACACAUGUAGAAAGCUGUAGGCAGGGUGAAGCAUUUAGCAUAUCGCAGCAAAAGUGUGUGGCUAGGGAUAAGAUUACCGAAGCCUAUGAUCGCGUGGAGUAUUUAGAAGAUACGCAGCAUGAGUUAAGUCACGAAGCGGAGCAUUCAGAACAGGACAGUAGCCUGUCCCUGGACGGAGGCAAUCUGCCGCCUGGAAAGUUUCAGACACCUUACAAUUCAAGUGGCGGAUACCGGACGCCUCCUCAAAACAUUGGAGGUUACCAGACGCCUUCUCACAACAUUGGGGGUUACCAGCCGCCUUCUCAAAUCAAUGGAGGUUACCAGACACCUUACCAAAAUAUUGGAGGCUACCAACAAGGCUACCAAGCUAAUGGAGGUCACCAGCCACUUCAAGCAAACGGAGAAUACCAGCCACCCUUAUCAGCCUAUGGAGGUUACCAACAACCUUCUCAAACUUAUGGAGAUGUCCAGCAGUCGAAUCAAACAUAUCAAGAUUACCACAACCCUUCACAAACUAUUGGAGGUUUACAGCCACCCUAUUCAGUUAAAGGAGGCUACCAGCCUCACAAUCAACCUUAUGGAGGUUACAAUCAACCCAAUCAAUCAACACCUUUUCAAGCAAAUGGAGGAUACCAGCCACCUUCUGAAUUGAACAGAGGAUACCAGACAUCCUACGAACCAAAUGGAGGUUACCAGCCACCUUCGGAAAACAACAAAGGGUACCAGAUACCUCCUCAGUUGAAUAGAGGGUAUCAACCACGUGUGGAAGGCAAUCCAGGCUACCAGCCACCUUCUCAGUCAAACGGAGGUUACCAGUCACAUUCUCAGUUGAACGGAGGCUACCAGCCACCAGAAAGAGAUUGGGGAUACCAGCCAGCAUCUCAAGAAAAUAGUGGAUACCAGCCACCACACCAAUCAACUGGUGGAUAUCAGCCACCUAACCAAUCAACUGGUUCAGGCCCUUAUUCUGCGCAAGCUUCGCCUUAUGCUAUUCCAACUCCUCUAAUGUGUCCAGAAAGGGUUAGCGGCCUCUUUCCAAAUCCUUUCGACGCUUCAGGCUAUCUGACCUGCAUCGAUGGUCAUACGUUACCUAGGCAAUGCCAGCCCCUCGAUAUGUUCAGUGUUUCCCAAGGCUACUGCUUGCCCGAACAGCAUGUACCCAAAACGGAUCGCGUCCCCUUUGAAAGAACGCAAACUUAUCAGGAUAAUUCUUUGGACUGUCCUAGAGAUUUCGUUGGUUUCUUCGUGUAUCCCUUCGAUUGUUCAAAGUACCUGAGCUGUGGCCCCAGCGGAAUGCAAUUGCUAAAUUGUCCGGGUGAACAGCACUACAGUAUCUCACAUGGGUUCUGUAAGCCCGUUGACCAGGUGCAGCGUGAGGAUCGUCUGUACACGAUCAAUGAACUGCACAUCAUCUUCGAGUGGACACAGAAAAUGAUGAUAGAGGGUGCAGUCACUGCCUGUCCCGAAGGAAUAACCGGAACCCUGCCACAUCCGAGGGUGCCCACCAAGUACCUACGGUGUGGACCAGGCCAGGCGGAGAUGUACGACUGUCCCAGCCAACAGAUAUUCAGCGUUUCUCGUAGAGUGUGCGUGCUGGAUGACAAACUGCCCAGCCACGAUCGCACCGACUAUUUGGUUCGGGGGGUUGAUUCCGGUUGGAUAGCUCCCUCUAAUGGCAAUCCAAUCCAAUCCAAUUCCUAUGAGACAUCUGGCAGGGAUCAGUUCGGCAACCGAUAUACAACCAGAACUACCACCACAACGCGAGUGAUCGGAGACCGUUGGGCGGAUAUGGACAUGCAGCGACCUUCAGGUGUGGGUCUGGAGCAAAACCCGCAUCACCAUCACCACGGAUACAAUCCGAGUUGGUCUGGCCAGGAGACAUCCUACGUUCAACGUGGCCCUUCACAGAGUACUCUAUAUGUGGAGGGAUCGCUGCAGCCGAACCGUAAUUAUCCUACAUAUAAGACUCCACUGGCCCCCAUGGCACCCACCAAUACAGAAAGUGUCUACUACGCCCAACCCGUUGAAGAAAAAGAACAGGUGCCGUCGCGCCAGAACUAUAGUCGCAGAAUUGAUUACGGCCCGCCUGGCAAUGGAUGGAAACCUAUACCACCACAGCCUUCAUUGGGUGGACAGCAACCAUUAAACCUAGAUUAUUCCCCCCAUUUUCCUGGUGCCAAGGAGCCCCAAUCCCAAGACAGUCUGCCCGGACAGAAACCCAUUAACUUGGACUAUGACGAGGAACCGACACCACAACAUCCUCACAACGGACUACAGCCCUAUCCGGGAUCGCCACCACGCUUCUAUCCAGAUCAGUUGCCCAGUGGCUCACAACCAAUUGCUAGACAGCAGCCAGUUGAGUCCCGCCUCGACUCCAGUGGUUUUCCAGACCAGCAACCACCUUUGCAUCCUGACAAUAGGCUCCACGGAUCAAAUGUUCCCCCCCGACAUAGCCCUAAUCCUGGACUUCCUUUGUAUAAUGAAUCCAACCUUUAUGGUGGGCUCUUACCUCCGAAACCAGAUCCCUCGGUUAACACAAAGCCGUCUCCACCUCCCAACCCUUCAGCUGACCAGACUCCAAAGCCGCAAUUGGCCAAUCGACUGCACACAUUUCCCAUUUAUCCACCAGUGGAUAAUAGGAACUCUCUCCAAAAUCCCAUACAGCCCCACUACAGUCCCUCCUAUGCUGGAAUUGCCCACUCUCGAAACGCCUCUUGGGCCAAAGUGCCUGUGACUAGUACGACUCCGGCCCAAGAGCCCGAUCCCUUUAAUCCUGAAUUGGAUGAACCCUUCUACGAUGACGACGACUUCACAACCACAACAGUGAGAAAUGUAUUGGCGCCACCUCCUUUCGACCAUAAGUUCUAUAGUCCCCAGUCGACAGUACCGAGUUUCAAUCAAGAUCAAUCUGCCUCGGGUCCCAACUCCCAACUGGCUAUUAAAGAGGCUCUUAAACUUAUGCUGCGUCCCUAUUUCAAUCACAGUGGCAAUGCCCAAGAGCAACUGGCCCAGCAGGCUGAGUCAGCCAUAGUGUCUGUGAUUAGUAAGCCGCCAGCCACCACACCAAUGCCUACAAUAAGAACUUCCACGACACGUAGAACAGACCCUGACUUUGACGCCGAACUUAUUAAGGCGGGUGAACAGGAAAGCCUGGAUUCCGUUGACGACGACUAUGUUUUUCCAGAUGCCAGGGAGACGUCCCGAACCGAGCAGACCCUAGAUCCCAGUACCACGUACACCUCGACAGACUUUCAACGGAGCACCCGCAGGGCUGAGUUAGCUCCGGACACCUCCCCCCCAACCACAACUACAAUGAAAAGUAAUUGGCUUGCGUCCGGUCACAGUCGUGACUACCACCGGCGUCAUCCAAAUUUGCCCGAUCCGUUCUCCGAGCACCAUCCCAAUUCCUCUCCCCACCAACACCACCACCACCGUCACCCCCAUGAACACAGCGCUGACUUCCAUCUUCGUCAUCCGGAGCUGCCCAAUCCAUUUCCACAAAAGGAUGACACUCCGCAACACCAGGAUCCGAACGAAGACUGGGACCUGCUGUCCAAUCCCAAUGCUGAGGAAGUGACUCCCAAACUAGCUACCCGUUCAAGCUUCGAUGACCAAUGCGAUUUCGAUUGCGGCAAUGGCCAAUGCCUAAAGAAGGAGGAGGUCUGCGAUGGAAAGAAGAACUGCCCCAAUGGCAAAGAUGAGGCUGACUGCCCGCCAUCUGACUACGAGGUGCGUUUAUCAGGGGGCGAGAGUCCAAACAUGGGCCGCAUUGAAGUCAAGGCUAAUGGUCAAUGGGGCUAUGUGUGUGAUGACAAGUUCGGGUUGAAGGAUGCAGAUGUCGUUUGCCGAGAACUCGGCUUUCAGAUGGGCGCCCAAGAGGUGCGUGGCAGCUCCUUUUAUGCUCCCCCAAAUCAGGAUUUUAACUACUUGAUGGAUGAGGUCGAGUGCCAUGGCAAUGAAACCAAACUCAGCCAGUGCGCCUUCAAAGGUUGGGGCGUUCACAACUGCGGCGUUGAUGAAGUGGCGGGCGUGACCUGCAAAGUUCCGGUGAUGAAGUGUCCAAAUAACUACUGGCUGUGCCACACUUCCAAGGAAUGUAUCCCACCAGCCUUUGUGUGCGACAAUACCCCAGACUGUGCGGAUAAGUCGGAUGAGUGUGCAGCCGUCUGUCAGGCGCCCGUUCAAUACCGUUUAGAGGGAGGUCGCAAUUCAAACGAAGGCCGCCUGGAGGUGAAACACCAUGGUGUGUGGGGCAGUGUUUGCGAUGAUGACUUCAACCUUAAGUCUGCCCAAGUUGCCUGCAACUCAAUGGGCUUCUUUGGACCAGCGAGAAUCGAGAAGAACAUAUUUGGCAACGGCAAUGGACCCAUUUGGCUCGACCAGGUGAUGUGCUUUGGAAACGAGACGAGCAUUGACCAAUGUAACCACUGGAACUGGGGCGAGCACAACUGCAACCACACCGAAGAUGUGGCGCUCCACUGCAGCGCUGGGCCACCACCUCGCAGCCAGAAAUAUUCCCAGACCCAGAUUAAAGGAGGUAGAUCUCUUGGACGGGAAACGUCGCCCAAGACCUAUUCACAAAUUGGACUGUGGGACCGAUCUAGCAAGGCCGUGCAUACUCCUCGUCGAUGCGGCAUCUUCAAGGACGACCUUGAAGAUGAGUACGCCCACCGAGAGGAGCGCGUGGUCAGGGGAAAUGUGGCACAGAGGGGUCGUCAUCCCUGGCAAGCUACCAUUAGGACCCGCGGACGUGGGGGCAUCUCCAGUCAUUGGUGUGGAGCUGUGGUGAUUUCCAAGCGCCAUCUCCUCACCGCUGCCCACUGUCUGUAUGGCAGUCCAAAAGGGGCGUACUUUGUCCGUGUCGGAGAUCACUAUGCGAACAUAGCCGAGUCCUCCGAGGUAGAUUCGUUCAUUGAGAACUGGUACCUACACGAGAACUUCCGCAAGGGAACCCAUAUGAAUAACGAUAUUGCGCUGGUGGUGUUGAAGACUCCGCUGAAGUUUAGUGACUAUGUCCAGCCCAUUUGCUUGCCGGACAAGAAUGCUGAGCUCGUCCAGGACCGCAAGUGCACCAUAUCCGGAUGGGGAUCUAUAAAGUCGGGAGUGUCCACUCCUGCGCAAGUUUUGGGAUCUGCCGAGCUGCCCAUUUUGGCAGAUAACGUGUGCAAGCAAUCUAAUGUGUAUGGAUCAGCAAUGUCGGAAGGCAUGUUCUGUGCUGGCUCCAUGGAUGAGAGUGUGGAUGCCUGUGAAGGUGACUCAGGCGGUCCGCUUGUCUGCUCCGAUGACGAUGGCGAGACUUUGUACGGUCUGAUUUCGUGGGGUCAGCACUGCGGCUUCAAGAACCGGCCGGGUGUCUAUGUCCGUGUCAACCACUACAUCGAUUGGAUCUACGAGAAGAUCAAUGAGAGCUUGCUGCGCUUUUAAGGCAGCAUGAUCCUAACACUUAAAUAUCCACCUUGUUACAUGACUACUAUUUUAUAAGAAUUCUGUAGUGAACUUGCAAAUAAAGCAGACUUUUUUAGAACCAGCAACUAA